GGGUCCCACAGUGCUUCAACUUUUUCACGCGGCUCCCCUUCUUUUAUUAACCAAGCACCACCACUCUAGUCUUGUUGAAUGUUGUUGAUCCACACCGGCACUUUGGCGUUGCCCGUUGCCCGUUGCCCGUUGCCCGUUGCCGGUCGGUAAUUGGUAAGAGAAAUCAGAAAUGGUUUCCCUUCUCCAUAUCCUCCACUUCUUCUUCCUCGCCUUCCUUUCUCUUUCCCUUCUCGUUCAUGCCAGAUUGAAUCUUGACCCUUCGGAUUUCGACGCUCUCUCGCUUAUCCGAAAAGACUUGGGUGGUUUCUACGGUCAACGCUUUUUGCCGGAAAAUCCAUGCAAUUCGGCCGCCGGUAUAUUCUGCGAAAGGAGAUACUCGGGUAACUCACUUGUGCUCCGAGUUACUAGAAUCGUACUGGAAUCACAACGGCUCAGCGGAUUCCUUUCUCCUGCACUCGGACGUCUCACUGAGCUCAGAGAGCUGUCUCUCCCUAACAACCAGCUUGUUGGCAAAAUUCCUCGUGAAAUCGUUGACUGCCGGAAAUUGCAAAUCCUAUACCUCCGGAACAACCACCUUUCCGGCAAAAUUCCACCAGAAUUCUCCUCUCUUGUGGGCCUCCGUUCCCUUGACCUCUCUUCAAAUCGAUUUUCGGGCGAUUUGAGCUUCUUAAAACGUUUUCCUAACCUUGAAAACCUUUCUCUUGCGGACAAUCAAUUCAAUGGAAAAAUUCCGGCAUCAUUGCGCUCUUUCCGCAAUCUCCGAUUUCUUAACCUGUCUGGAAACAAUUUCCUCCAAGGCCCAGUGCCCGCGUCGUUGUUGAACCGGGUAGAACACUCCAUCUCCGGAUUGGAGACAAAGAAUAUUCUUCCGAAGCGCUACAUAUUUGCAGAGAACUCCACAAAGAAUAACCAGACUUCUGUAGUGGCGCCACCGACCAGCAGUAAGAAAAAUUCCACCCAAGCCAAGGCGCCCUCAUCAUCCUCAGAGAAAAAGGAAAAGCAUGAGCAUCAGAAAAAUAAAAAGAAGCUAAAGGGCUGGAUCUUCGGGUUCUUUGCUGGGGUAGCUGCUGGAACGGUAUCGGGAAUGAUCGUGGCAGUGCUGUUUAAACUACUACUGGUUUGCAUCAAUGGUAGAGUAAAGGACUCAGGCCCGGCUAUCUUUAGCCCACUGAUCAAGAAGGCAGAAGACUUAUCCUUCUUAGAGAAAGAAGAUGGGCUUGCGUCUGUGGAGAUCAUCGGACGAGGAGGGUGCGGAGAGGUUUACAAGGCUGAAUUACCAGGAAGCAAUGGCAAGAUCAUUGCAAUCAAGAAGGUAAUUCAGCCCAACCCUAUGGACGCAGCUGAUCUUGCAGAGGAAGAAAGUAAGCAUCUAACGAAGAAGAUGCGGCAAAUCCGAUCAGAAAUCCAAACAGUUGGUCAGAUUCGGCACCGAAACCUGCUGCCUCUGCUUGCCCAUGUGCCUCGGCCCGAUUGCCAUUACCUCGUAUAUGAGUACAUGAAGAACGGGAGCUUACAGGAUGUGUUGAAUCAGGUGUCACAAGGGACUAGGGAAUUGGAUUGGCUGGUACGCCACAAGAUCGCUCUUGGGGUGGCAGCUGGCCUUGAGUAUCUGCACAUGAAUCACAGUCCUCGCAUAAUUCACAGAGACCUCAAGCCCGGAAACAUUCUGCUCGACGACGACAUGGAGGCACGCAUCGCCGAUUUUGGGCUGGCCAAGGCAGUACCGGACAUCAACACCCAUGUGACAACUUCCAAUGUGGCUGGAACAGUCGGGUACAUUGCACCAGAGUACCACCAAACGCUCAAGUUCACGGACAAGUGUGAUAUAUACAGCUUUGGAGUGAUUCUGGCAGUGCUGGUUGUGGGCAAGCUUCCCUCCGAUGAAUUCUUUCAGAACACAGAUGAAAUGAGCCUACUGAAAUGGCUUAGAAAUGUAAUGGCAUCGGAGGACCCCAAGAGGGCAAUCGAUCUCAAUCUGAUGGGGAACGGCUUCGAGAACCAGAUGCUGCUGGUUCUCAAGAUUGCUUGCUUCUGCACCUUGGAUGAUCCAAAGCAAAGACCCAACAGCAAGGAUGUCCGCUGCAUGUUGUCUCAGAUUGAGCGCUGACCACGUUUCAAGUGGUGAAUUGAAACCUUGGCCUCUAAUAAGCUAAAGAUUCCCUUGAAUUAAUAGAGUGGCUGUUAUUGUUUGCUGGCUCUGGUUAAUUUAAUUACUCUUUUCUCUGCUAAAAUGUUGCAGAUUAAUUAAAAUGCUUGAAAACUAGCUAGCUGCUGUUUUUCAAUAGUGUACUAAAGUGCAGCUUUCUGCUGAUUUAUACCUGUUCA